AUGUCCUCUGGUUGUCCUCAUGGUUGGACUCAUUUCAAUCAACGUUGCUUUGUCUACAUUCUACGACCCAUGAGUUGGGCUCAAGCUGAGAGAAACUGCUUGUCCAUGGGUGCACACCUUGCAUCUGUGCACAGCUGCAGUGAGUACCAUCACAUUCAGAAGCUGACUGGUGUUCAAUACUACAAAGAAACUUGGAUAGGAGGAACUGAUGCAUCCGAGGAAAGUGUUUGGCUGUGGAGUGAUGGGACCCCUUUUCACUAUACACACUGGUGCCCAGGAGAGCCCACUAAUGGCUAUGGCAAGCAGCAUUGUCUGCAGAUGAAUUAUGGCGAUUCCAAGUGUUGGGAUGAUAAGCUGUGUGACGAAAAUCGGCCAUCUAUCUGUGCCAAGAAAAUAUCAAGACACCUGGGCUGA